AUCGCCCAGAGAAGAGCCUCGAAUUCUGUAUGUAAUUGAGAUAGACUUCUACGGAGGUUGGCAGCUCCCAUGGUUGGCGGCUCUCCGGUUGAUGAUGUACAGAACCAUCCUAUACCGGAGAACUUAUCACUUUUUUUCCACGAUCCAUCCACAAAGCAACGGCAUCCACACGUUAAUAUAUAUUUUUCACACGUUAAUAUUCCAAAUAAAAGUUGACCAAUACACAUUUUCUCACUCGGACAUAAGUCAAGAAAGCAAUAAGUAUCUAUUUUUCUCAGCUCACCUAUAAAAUUAUAACAAAGCUCUAUUGUCGACUACUUCUUACAAAAACGAAUGCAUUACUAAACAAACAAAAAGAAUUUUCUUUUUUUUAUCAUUAGUUAAUAAAAAUAAUGGGGAAAUGCCUAGCUUUGAUGAUCUUCCUCUCUUCUUCUCUUCUUUUUGUCCUUCAAAACCUCGAAGUCGUUAACGCAGUCAGGUGUUCCGGAAGCUUCUUCAAAGGUAACAGCAGCUAUAGCGAGAAUCGCCACAAGCUCUUCUCUACUCUUGCUAAUAAAGUCGUCACCAACGGUGGAUUCUACAACGCUUCACUCGGUAAAAGUCCCAACACAGUUUACGCUCUUGUCCUUUGUGCAAGAGGUUACCAGCGACAAGCGUGUUCCAGUUGUGUCGAAAAAGUGACUCAGGGGACACAAUCGAGUUGUCCAGAUCGCAUGGAUACGUUCAAGUGGGACAAUGACGACGAAGACCAUGUUUCUUGUCUUGUACGUUCCACAAACUACUCAACUUUAGGGACGCUCCAGCUUGGACCUCCUGUUAUAUUCCCAAGUCCACUUAGUAUAGAUCCAUCCAGGGACAUGACCCUUUUCAAACAACAGUGGGAAACAACGGUUAAUCGGACCCUUGAGGCUGCCACCAAAGCUGAAAAUUCCUCGGUAAUUAAGUACUAUAGUGCGGUACAAGCCGAGUUCACGGAGUUUCCAAAUGUUUACAUGCUGAUGCAAUGCACACCAGACAUAUCUUCCCGAGAUUGCAAGAGAUGUUUGGGAGAUUGCGUGACGUAUUUUACAAAACAGUUUUGGGGAAGGCAAGGAGGAGAGGUUAGUCGUCCGAACUGUGUUUUCAGGUGGGAUCUAUAUGCGUUCCAUGGUGCUUUUGAUAAUGUAACAAGAGUUCCUGCACCUCCUCAACAAGUAAAGGGGAGCUCUAUAACAGAAAAGAAAGGAAGAAGCAUUGGCUAUAGCAAAAUUAUUGCGAUAAUUGCGGUUCCUACUUUCAUUAAUAUUUUGGUGUAUAUUGGUCUCAUAAAAGUCUAUGCUUGGAGAAGAAAAUCAAACAACGGAAUAGAUGUUGGUAGGGCAGAGUACUCUGAUUCUGAUGGACAAUUUAUGUUACGGUUUGAUCUCGGUAUGAUCUUAGUGGCAACUAAUGACUUUUCGUCUGAGAAUGCGCUUGGCCAGGGUGGAUUUGGUACUGUCUAUAAGGGGACAUUACUAAACGGGCAAGAGAUAGCCGUGAAGAGACUAACGAGAGGUUCAGGGCAAGGAGAUAUGGAGUUUAAAAAUGAGGUUUCUCUAUUGACAAGACUCCAACAUAGGAAUCUGGUUAAGCUUCUUGGGUUCUGUAAUGAAGGAGAUGAAGAGAUUCUUGUUUACGAGUUUGUCCCCAAUUCAAGUCUUGAUCACUUUAUCUUCGAUGAAGAGAAGCGUUCGCUUCUUACAUGGGAGCUAAGAUGCAGAAUUAUAGAAGGCAUUGCUCGAGGUCUUCUUUAUCUUCAUGAAGAUUCUCAGCUGAAGAUUAUUCACCGAGACUUGAAGGCAAGCAACAUUCUUUUAGACGCUGAGAUGAACCCUAAGGUUGCCGACUUUGGGACAGCGAGAUUGUUCGAAGCUGAUGAGACUCGAGCUGAAACAAGACGAAUAGCUGGAACCCGUGGGUAUAUGGCUCCCGAAUACCUGAAUCACGGACAAAUCUCAGCUAAAUCUGACGUUUAUAGCUUUGGUGUUAUGCUUCUAGAGAUAAUAAGUGGUGAAAGAAACAAUAGCUUCGUAGGAGAAGGACUUGCCGCUUUUGCAUGGAAGAGAUGGGUUGAAGGAAAUACUGAGAGUAUAAUUGAUCAUUUCUUGAUAGAUCAGCCAAGAAACGAGAUCAUUAAGUUGAUCCAAAUUGGUUUGUUGUGUGUUCAAGAGAAUGCAGCAAAGAGACCAACCAUAAGCUCUGUUAUAGUUUGGCUUGGUAGUGAAACUAUCAUCAUUCCUUUACCUAGAGCUCCUGCUUUCACUAGAAGUCAAUCUCAAUCUGAGAAUGGUAUAAGGUCAAUGAGCGAUGAUGUCUUCACGGAGUUGAGUUGUCGUUGAGUUAUAGCUCAUCAGUUAAUCAAAUCAUAUAUACAUUGUAUGUUGUGGAUAUAUUGAUCAUUGAUGUAUCUUAAACUUUGUCCUUUGGCUUGUAUUUAAAUUGAAUCCAUCUGUUUUGCAAUUGGAGAAAUUUUUUUAAACUUUUUCUAUGUAUUUCUGCUAUUUAAUAAUAUUUUUUUUCUAUCAUCUUUUGUGUUGUUUCUUUUGACAUGAGUAAGUAAAGACUGAUAUGUUUUAAUUAUGUGUUGAUUGGUUCUCCCGCUAUCAUCCGCCUAGCGGUUGUUAGUGGUGUGUUGCGGUUGUUAGCGGUUGGUACUAAUCAUAGAAACCGCUCCAUACCGCUUUGGACCGUUCGAAAUCGCCGGAUUUCAAAAGCUCCUUUCCGCAAGCGUUUGCAGUCCCGGAUUUCAACUCAACAUGUCUCCUAGGGCCCAUCAAAGUAUUGAGCCGGCACUGAAUACAGGGAUGUGAUCUGCUCGAAGGCGAGUGGGGCAAAGUUGGAAGCAUACUCUUGUGGAAAUUAACUUUUGGUAAUGAAAAUAUUGUUU